CUACGUGAUGUAUCUUUCUAUUGGAUAUCGAACACGUUGUGAAACUCACCAAAAUGAAGUGUUGUAACCGUUAUGUCCGCGAAUAAAUGGCACUAAAUUUAAAGUCGCAGUUAACGUGCAUAGACAAAACUCCAUUGACCACCUAAUCCAGUUCCUUGUAGUCACGUAUGUGAAUAUAGAAUUAUUCGGAUUUGUGAAAGAAAUAUCGCAAUUUGUAUCGCAAAAUAGUGAGCUAAUAUUGUUUACUCAUAGUUUGUUGAAGAGAGUGGAUUUCAUCUACUUUUCACAAAGAACAACGUCUUAAUAUGCCACCAAAGCGUACUGCAAAAACGAAGGCUGAUUCCUCUAAAGCUAAAUCUGAAAAGAAGACAGAUGUAAAAGAAACUUCAAGAAAGAAGCGAGAAAAUGAUGCAAGUGGUGAACCUGCACCGAAGAAAGCAAAAACUGAACCAAAGGAGUCCAAAAAAGCAAACAGCGAAACCAAGUCAGUUGCUACAAAGAAAGCAAAGGAUGAACCUAAACAGAUGCAAAAUAAAACCGAUACAAAUUUGGACGAAAUAGAUUUUGAAUGUAUGAAGUCGAAUAAGGAAGGGAAAAAAUAUAACUUGAAAAUUUGCACCUGGAAUGUUUCCGGGAUCAGAGCCGUUAUUAAAAAAAAUGGUAUAAAUUACAUCGUCAGAGAGGACGCAGAUAUAGUAGCUCUGCAAGAGACAAAAUGUGACAAGGAUAAAUUGCCGGAUGAUGUCAAAUUAUCAGGAUAUCAUCAUUAUUUUCUUGACAGUAAGAAGUCAGGUUACUGCGGAGUUGCAUUGUUCUGCAAGGAAAAGCCAAUUUCUGUUAAGUAUGGUUUAAGCAAUUCUGACUUUGACAGUGAGGGUAGAAUAAUUACUGCUGAAUUUCCAGAAUUUUUCAUGGUCAAUGUUUAUGUACCAAAUGCCGGACAGAAGCUAGUAACACUGCCAAAACGACUGGAAUGGAAUAAAAUAUUUAAAAAACACAUUGACGAUUUGGAUCAAAAGAAACCCGUUAUUAUAUGCGGUGAUAUGAAUGUGGCUCAUCAAGAAAUAGAUUUGAAAAAUCCAAAAACGAACACCAAAAACGCCGGAUUUACCAAAGAAGAGCGAGAUGGUAUGACCGAUUUUUUGGCCGGUGGAUUUGUUGACACAUUCAGAGCAUUGUAUCCCGAUAUGGAAGGCGCGUAUACAUUCUGGUCGUAUCUUUCUAAUGCACGCAAUAAAGAUGUUGGAUGGCGACUCGAUUAUUUCUUGGUGUCAGAACGGGUCAAGAAUAAAGUGUGCGAUAACAUCAUAAGGAAGCAGGUUUAUGGCAGUGACCAUUGCCCUGUAAUACUUUACGCUAAUUUAUAAUAAAUAUUGUGUUUUGUGUCAUGGAAACGUCACAGUGUGAAAACUGUCUUCUUGCAAAUGAGUGGAAGCAUUAAUAUGCAUACAAUUACAUUUUUUUUAUCGUG